AACCAACUACUUCCGGUGUAAACAAUUUGCUGGGCAAGGUACGUAAUAAUCACUCGGAUAUCGGUGAUACAGCCUGGCACCAUGGCUUCUCUGGGAAUAGACAUGAUAACAAAGAAGCCACGGACACCCCGUGAUCCUUACACAACUCUAACAGACAAACAAAUCAACAAUAUUCCUAGGGAUCCCGGUGCAUUUUUUUUCACGAAGACCGAGAAACCUUACCCCGAGAAGGGCUGGUACAGAGACAGAUAUGCCACGAACACAAACCAGAAUCUGUUCCGGGGACACAAUCAAAAAGAACCCUUCUGUUGGAUAGACACCCAAUGGCAGCGAGAUCCACCCCAGCUCCAUAACACUUGUCGACAUGGCGCUUCCGAGAGAUGGGGUCCAGAUAAAGUUGGAAACAGGACGAUACAACAUUUUAACAAACCAGAGGACCCUAAUCGAUUUUUGACAACCGAGCUCUACCGAAGACAACCAACAAACUUGCCAGGACAAAUCAACAUGUCGUAUGGUCGACCUGCAGAAGGAUAUUAUGCCCUCCGAAAUCCAAACUCAGUAACGUGGUUUGGAUCCUCGGUGCCGCUGAACAGAACCCAGAUUUUACAAGACAUAAAUCCAAAGACAUCUGCCGAGUACGAGCAGAUUAGAAAAUUUAAUGAAUCCAAAAUUCUCGAUAGACAGGAUAAAUUCCCUUAUUACUCAGAGUAUUCUGAUCGAUUUGCGGCGCGUACAAAAACUGUUCCAAUACUCACUACGUUACAGAGACGGAAGAUGUACCUCCAGGAGUCGUAGAAAACACCAACCCAGCAUUAUAAGUCGGUCUGUGAUAAUCUAUUAUAAUAUACUGUAUUAUAAAAAGCGGACUCAAUCAAACCCUGUGCAUGAACUUUUAUGCAAUAUCAAGAUGUACUUAUGUAAUGUUGUCCAAAAAAUUCACUGUCUGUAUUUGUUGAAAAUUGAUUAUUUUAUGUUUUGUUGUUGAAGAGGUUCAAAGUCUAUAAUAAAGCCUGAUACUG